AAAUCCUCUCUUUCUAGGGUUCGAUCUCCCUCUCUCAAUCAUGAACCUUCUUCUCUUCUAGACCCGCAAAGUUUCCCCCUUUAAUUUGAUCGGCGACGGAGAAGCCUAAGUCUGAUCCCGGAAUGUCUGUCUCCGAGCUCAAAGAACGUCACGCCGUCGCUACGGAGACCGUUAAUAACCUCCGUGACCAGCUUAGACAGAGACGCCUUCAGCUCCUCGAUACCGAUGUGGCGAGGUAUUCUGCGGCGCAAGGACGUACUCGGGUGAGCUUCGGAGCAACGGAUCUGGUUUGUUGUCGUACUCUUCAGGGACACACCGGAAAGGUUUAUUCAUUGGAUUGGACACCGGAGAGGAACCGGAUUGUCAGUGCAUCUCAAGAUGGACGAUUAAUUGUGUGGAAUGCUCUAACGAGUCAGAAAACUCAUGCUAUUAAACUCCCUUGUGCAUGGGUUAUGACAUGUGCUUUCUCUCCAAAUGGUCAGUCGGUCGCGUGUGGUGGAUUAGACAGUGUAUGUUCUAUCUUCAGCCUUAGCUCAACCGCGGACAAGGACGGAACUGUACCGGUUUCAAGAAUGCUCACUGGUCACAGGGGAUAUGUUUCGUGCUGUCAGUAUGUCCCAAAUGAGGAUGCCCACCUUAUCACCAGUUCAGGUGAUCAAACAUGUAUCUUAUGGGAUGUGACUACUGGCCUCAAAACUUCUGUUUUUGGUGGUGAAUUUCAGUCUGGACAUACUGCUGAUGUACUAAGUGUCUCAAUCAGUGGAUCAAACCCAAAUUGGUUCAUAUCUGGUUCAUGCGAUUCCACAGCACGGUUGUGGGACACUCGUGCUGCAAGCCGAGCAGUACGUACCUUUCAUGGACACGAGGGAGAUGUUAAUACGGUCAAGUUCUUUCCGGAUGGGUAUAGAUUUGGGACUGGAUCAGACGAUGGAACAUGCAGGUUGUAUGACAUAAGGACUGGUCACCAACUCCAGGUCUAUCAGCCACAUGGUGAUGGUGAGAACGUACCUGUCACCUCCAUUGCAUUCUCUGUCUCAGGGAGACUUCUUUUCGCUGGCUAUGCCAGCAACAACACUUGUUACGUUUGGGAUACUCUCUUGGGAGAGGUUGUAUUGGAUUUGGGAUUACAGCAGGAUUCACACAAGAAUCGGAUAAGCUGUUUGGGGUUGUCAGCAGAUGGAAGUGCCUUGUGUACAGGAAGUUGGGAUUCAAAUCUAAAGAUAUGGGCGUUUGGAGGGCACAGGAGAGUAAUUUGAAGAAGAUUAACAAACGUAGGAGUCAUGUCUCCAGUUGUGGUGGUGGUUGGUUAAUAUAUUCUGUAUUUGGGAAGUAAAGUCGCGAUAUGUGGAAGAGCAGAAGGUGUUUGGUUUGAAAUAGUGGAGUGGUUAGAAGGAUCAAACUUCCCUUGUUGUUAGAGUGUGCUUUGAUUUAUUUAUUCUUCAGUCUCCUUUUUACUAAACUCCUAAACACGCUACUCAAUGUGAAUUCUGUCUGUAAUCAAUUGUGCUCACCAGU